CAAGUCUUAGUAACUCGCCGUUAGUGAGUUGAAAACAUUCUCGUUUUAAUCGCCAAAGGAUUAAGAUCGAUAAACGCGGUAUAGUAAUCACUGUAAUUAAAUAUGGUGUCUAAAAUAUUCAUCGUUAUUUUAUUCACCUCGUUUGCUUUUGUUAUUAACGAUGUAGAGGCUGACGGAUGGAAGUUUUGGAAAAAAAGUUCGACGACAACGACUUCAACAACAACAGAAUCCUCGCCAGUCGGUUCAGUGAAUCCGAAUUCGGGUGUAGGUCAAGCAAUAGCUAACGCGGGUAAUCCAAGUCUCGCGGUGGGUGCCAAUAAUGCGGGAACUAUUCGAACCUCGACCACACCGAGACCACGGCUACCAAACCCCGGAACGGAAGUUGGCUGGGAGGAAGCGAAUUCCAGACCUAAACUUAAUAACCAAGACUACCGAAACUUGGCAAUUGAUUUAACGGGUGCUGCCGAACCAGCAAGACAACCGUCCAAGCCAGGAUCACCCUCCAGUCCUGGUUCAGCUUUGCCAUCAAUUCCAGCAGCUGGAGCACAACGACCAAUCUCCAACCCAGCUCCGAAUCCAGCUCAAAAUAAGCCAGUGUCAUCUACUACGAGACCUAUAGAAGUAUCUACAACAGCAAGACCAAUUCCAGGAGCUCCGCUUAAUCCAGCAACUCCUCAAAAUGGACAAAAACUCUCUGGAAUACCAGCUGGCGGAUCAUUACCUGGAUCAUCAUGGGCUGAAGUUGCCAGUAGGUCGAACUCACCUACUCCAGCACCUAGGUCUGGAUCACCAGCAGCAGGACCUCGACCUGGGUUACCAACAGCAGGACCAACGCCAACAUCUAGACCUGGAUCCCCAGCAGCAGGUCCAGUACCGGUAUCUCGACCAGGAUCACCAGCAGCAGGACCAGCGCCAGCAUCUAGACCUGGAUCGCCAGCAACAGGUCCAGCAGCAGGACCUAGACCUGGGUUACCAACACCAGCUAGACCUAGUCCAGACCAAUCUUUAACACGUCCAGGUGCUGGAGCUGCAGUCGGUGCAGCUGCUGUUGGUGUCGGUGCAGCUGCAAUUGCUGGGGGAUCUAAGAAAGCUUACUCAAGCAACCCUAUUUACAGCAAAGGGAAUACUGUUACUGACGAAGACUUGGAGAAACUGUCCGAAGCUUUGUUCUUGAAAGACAACAACAACGCUUUUAAGUACAUUACGAUGGACUUACAGAAACAAACGCAUUCGGACAAUUCCAAAGAUGAAGCACCACUGCCUUUGUUGAAGGUUAAUUCAGCAGCGUUACAAAUUCCAACAAUUUCAAAAGUCCUGACAAUAUAUGAUAAUUAUCAGCUGGACACAAGGAUAAACGAACACAUAAGUCCUCUUCAACGCACAGAAGAGAGCCUUCUCGUUGACACAUUCCUCAGUACAAAUGUUAUGUCAGCGGCAAUGAGAUUCCUAGCGGAUAAAGGCUUUCUUAAACAAGAUUAUUAUGAGUACAAAGACACUCUGAGGAGACUGUGGUUCAACUUAUACUCAAGAGGCGAGGGUAAAAUUGGAUCAUCUGGAUUUGAGCAUGUUUUCCUAACGGAACUCAAGUUAGGGACGGAAAUUAGUGGCCUGCACAAUUGGAUUUAUUUCAACGCUGAAGAAGCUAAAAAUAAAAUCAACUACCUUGGAUACAUCAAAAAAUUAGAUCUCGGUGAUAAAGGCGCAAUUUUGAAGAUACACGCAAAGUUCAAUGAUAUCGACAAACCAGUGACAACAAUGUUUGUUGGAACCUCACCGGAACUAGAAAUGGCUCUUUAUACUGUUUGUUUCCUCACACGACCUGAUAGCUCAUGCCCCGUGUCACUGGGUGGCUCUAAAUUCAAUAUUGUCACUCACAAAUUCAGAUAUCGCGGUAAUGAUUUAAUUGGAUCCGCGUAUCCCGCUCUGUGAAUAUAUAAUAUCUAGAAUCAGAAACUGUUAUUAUUGUCAAUAUUGAUUUCGGGUUCGCCCAUUCAAUUGAUUUAAUAAAUAAAUAACUAAUUAUUUUA